UGUCUGUGUGUGUGUGUGUGUGUGUGUGUGUGUGUGUGUGUGUGUGUGUGUGCACUGUAAACCAGCUUACACACCAAAGGUUUUGGGUUGUACGACAUGACAAAAGUGACGGGACAGCAGUGUAUAUCCAUGAAGUGCUUCUACAGGGGACAGCUUGGGAAUGCCUACAUCUGUCCCCGCCCCCUGUCUGGAGAGCGGUGCUGCAGUUGCUCUCUUGCGUGCAUCAGUGCUUUCUCAGAGGGCUCGUGAGGAAACUCCACACACCACACUGGACUGUAGCAUCAAACUCCAGCGCGAGGACGGGCUUAACUGAGGAGUCCUCGAGGCUGUGCUGUCUGUCUGUCUGUCUGUCUGUCCGGAGUGUGUCACAGUUGGACAGGAGACGCCGGCUGACGGGACUGUAAGAGGAUUGGAAGAGUCUGACAGAGCGACUGAACGACAGAGACAACGAGAGAGAGGGAGAGAGAGGGAGAGAAGGAGAAAGAAUAAUCUGGCUAAUCCAGAACAGGCCAAUCCCGGCGGAACUCCUCUCCCACGUCCGCGGUGCAACACAGACAACAAAGCGGCGGGGAUUACGUCCCGCCUUGACUGGAGAAAACACCCCCACACAGUCACACUGUGGAGUCCAGACUGUUCUCUUCACAGCCUUGGACACUGCGGAGCACUGACGCCUGGAAACGCUCUGCAGAAACCAGAAGAAUCAGAGCUCUGUGGGAGAGAGAAAGAGGGAGCACUGAGAGACAGAACACAGACAUCCAGGCAAUAAAAUAGGAUCUCCAGAGGAGAUGAGAUGUUUCUGCAGCUGGAGACUGAGGACAUAACCAGCGCUGACACGCUACUCACUCACUCGUUCACUCCGGGAUGGUUUACUUUGUGUAGAAGCAAUCAAGAACUUCCUGUCUGUGCUGAGAACUGUGGACCAGUUAUUCAAGUGGUAAUGCGCCAGUAGAUAAACUGGUGUAUAAAUGUGGAUGUGGUUAGUGUGGGCGAAUAUUAAGAAUUCUAUGGCUCUAUGUUCUAUGGAUCAGUCUAUAAUUCUAUAAUUCUUACUACUACUAGUAGCAUAGCCUUACAGUUGGGUAGUUCCACAUUUAAUCUGAACUCUUUUAUCUAUUUAUGGGGUUUGAAUCUUUCACUUAUUCAUUCAUUUAAUGAACCAAAAGAAAUGGUUCAGCUUCAGCUGUUUGGGCUGGAUGAUAAGCACUAGUUGCAAAGUAGGUUCCAAAAAAUAUAAAUAAUCUAUAUUGAAUAAUAUUGAAAAAGCAAGGAAAGGGUCAAAUUAUAUUCUUUAGGGCGUUUGUUUACUUCAGGUGGUUUUAGUGGUUAAAGUGUUUAAAGAAUAGAUGCUGCUGGUAUUUUAGGGGCUGUCUUAAUUUUUUUUUUGACCAGAUGGACGGAAGUCUUAGUGAUGUCUAGAGAUUGAAGGUGGGGGAUAGAUCAAUCAGCAGGACUGUUCACAGGCAGACUGUGAAGAAGUGUUUAAAAUCCAUGGGAAUCCUAUUAAACUUCCUUAACAGGUUAUUUAUAGGCUUAGAGUGACUGUGGCGAUCUCACUGGGGCACGACCCAAACAACCCAACAGUGCUCUGGAGGGUGAAUUUCACCCAGCAGAACACAAACCAGAACACUAGUCCAGCUGUGCCUGAGCUGUAGAUGUUCAGAAGAUUUACUAGAUUUACUACUCUUUAAAUAUUUACACCGGUGAGCUGUAAACACUGUGUAAAGUGAUUAGUGUCUGGGUUGUCUAUAGCAGUUAGAAAGUUGCUGUGAAGGUCUGGGUGAAGCCAAUUGCUUGCUUGACCCCAAAUAGUUCGUUUUUGGUUGAGUUGCUAGGUUGUUAGAUUCUCUUUUUUCUAACAGAAGGUGAACUUUAAGGCUUUAGGAUUUUGAUUAAGAAUAAGAGAGAGUGUAGGUAGGUGGUGGGCAGGUGGUAGUUUAGUGGGGUUUAGUAAAUGAUUAGGUCUCUAAAUUGCGAUUCCAAUCCAGCCUUCUAAUUUUAUCAUGCUAGUUUGCUAACAGUUCUGCCUCACUUGUUUAUCUGACUUCUCAAACUAGUUCAACAAGUGGUCAACCACUAUUUGGUCUACCCAUUGGGAUUCCUCUAGACCUUGUUGGUGUUUUUAAAUUCUGCUUACAGUUGACUCUUAUUGGUCUCAUUACAAGACUUCCUACACUAGUUCGCACUUUUCUACAGAGGUUUCUGACUGGUCUAUAGUCACGCCCAUUCUGCUGCCAUUCAACAACAGUCAGCAAGAUGGCGCAGACAUCUGGGUGAUGCACCCCUGCUUGCCUAAUUCCAAACAUCUUGUAGGCUAUGGAAUCAUGUUACAGAUGAUGUAGAUGCAAGAGAGGCAUGAGUCGUUCUCCAGAGUUAGAAAAGUCAAAAAGUGGGGUGUAGAUUGGGGUUGUGAUUGGUGAUAGCAGGUGUAGGAGCUUGGUGCAGGAUUUCAGGCUGCUUUCCAAAGAAAAAAGUUGUCUGCGUAGGUUUGCGAGCUCACAUCUGUUCUGGUGAGGAUUCCUGAGUGCAGCUGGAUUUGAUGGACUCUCCAGUCUCCAGUUUUUUAGAGUUUCCUCAAAUAACUAGAUGUUUAAACCAGGAAAGUAAGAAGGAGCUUAGCUCAAAUAUUUGUGAAGAAGCUCAUUGCUGGAUACUGCAUCACUAGAAGACCUUCCAAAUACUUGAAUCUGCAGUCAGUACACAUUGUGGAUUUUGGCUUGCUCCAUUUGUCACCUGUGGAUCCAGUGCUGAUGGACAGAUGAAGAUUUGAUCAGUGUGUAAUAUGAGAUUAACUGGUCUACAAUAUCUUUAACCAACUUACUUACAUCUACUCAUUGACGUCUCAGGAGACUUGAUCCACGUUGGCUCUCUCAAGAGGAGAAAACAAAGCAUUUGCUGUUCUCUUCAUUUGUUUUGACCGAUGGAUUUUGGUUGGAUUUUGUGAUGGCACCUCUUAAAAGAAUUGAGAAGACUCUAAUGCGAGUUUGACAAACUUCUCAGCUAAUUCUUCUUAGCAUAUCUGGAUUAUCAAAUACCCAUUCACAAACAACUCACGAUCCUGCUGCUCUUUUUUUCUUUGGCUCUUGGAAUUAAACGGAUUUUGGCUGGGAUUUGGAGAUCCGGACCUUAAAAGCAUCUAAUUCUCUGUCACCAUGAGUCUGGGCAAGCUGCCGGGGAUUAAAGGCCUGGUGUCGACGUCUCACAGCAGGCGGCGCAUUAAGACCGAACUUUCAACCGACAUGAUCAGCAUGCCGCUGGGGGACUUCCGCCACACCAUGCACGUCGGCCGCGGGGGUGACGUCUUUGGAGACACGUCGUUCCUCAGCGAGCAUGGAGGCAAAGGAAGCGCCCAGGAGAGUCCCGACUCUAAGCCGGCGAGGUUUUUCUCCCGUACGCUGCGGCACGUCAGGAGAACCCCCCAGCCCCGGCUCAGGGUGGACUGCAGAGAGUUCUCCUCCCCACCACCACCCGUUUCCCCCAUCAUUAAAAACGCCAUCUCGCUUCCCCAACUCAACCUGGCGAACGGCAGCCUGGAGGGGGCGCUGCUUCCCACCUCCGCCAGCUGCCUGGAGCAGCCUCUCUACUCUUACGGUGUUCAGUCGGGUUUCGUUACACUGCCUCGUCUGUCCCGUCUCGACAGGAACUCAACAGAAUCAUCCCCUCCUCAGUCUCAGCAACGCAGAAGCUCAGAACCAGACCCAGACCCCUUCUCCACGCUCCACCGGUCCGACUCACUCACCUCCUUCACCGUGGAUCUUGGACCCUCCCUCAUGACCGAGCUCCUGGGACUCAUCCACAGCUCCAGCAGCCACCAGGUGGCGUCACAGGACCUAGAGGAUGAAGAGGAAGAGGAGGAGCCAAGCUCAUUAUUUGAGAUGGCGGUAGAGAGUCCAUGUUUGAGCAGUAGGGGGCGUUCCAGCAGUCCGGACUGGACCCAGCCGGACACUGAGAUGGCUGAAAACGAGGACUCUGAUAAACGACUGACGCCGGACGCGUCCAUGUGGUCCCCAGUGAGGGUGGAGCCGACGAUGGAGGCGGAAAGGUUCCAGCAGGCUGCUGACAUCCUGUCACGCCAUUAUGGAGGGGGUGGAGUCGUAAAGGAGCGUCGUAAGGCACCGUUUGCUUUUCCUGAGGAAGAGGAGGAGAUCAAAGUUUAAGAGCUUAAAUUUAAAACUGUUCAGUUAAUCAGAAGAAGCAAUCAGAAGAAAAGCCAGUGCAUGUUUGGUGUUUGAAGUUUACUUCUUUAGUUUAUUGCUAGAGCUACAAGGUGAAGGAAUGCUAAGUAUUGGAAGCUGACAUCAAACUGCAAAUUAGCAUGACGUGCCUGCCUUCAGGUGCUUUCAUACCUGGUUUGUUUGGUCUGGACUAAAGUAACAGGGGUGAAAAUCAAUCAAUCAUUCAACCUUCAUGUCCACUCUGUAAUUUAUUAUGUACUUUUUUCAAUGCAGCCAAGCCUUUACAAAAUUAAAGGGACUGAAAAAUAUGUUUAAAUUAUAAAAAAAAGCAAACAAUACAAGAUUUUAUUAAAAAGAAAUAAAAUAAUUCAGAAUAAAAGAAUAUGCAGACAGGCUAAAAUGUAAAGCAAUAAAACUUUGCUAGUAUUGACCCACGCCCUUGACUGGGCAGAGAAGAAGAAAAGAGGGGGAGCGAACUCAAGAGUAUUUGGGAUGGAGUUCGGGGCAGCUUCACUGUAAAGCGUGAAAAAUGAUAAAAUUAAAGAAGGAGGAAGAUGGGGAGGAGGUGGGUGCGAGGUUGUUCAACGAGCAGGUAGAGAGGAAGUGGCGGUUUAAAUAGGGAAGGAAGUGGGAGGAGUUAGGGCGUGGAUCAAUCUCCCAAAACUUAGUUAUGAUACAUAACUCCACAAAGAGAUACAAAAUGUAAAUAAUAAAAUAUAAACACAAUUAAAGAAAUAAAGAACUAAAAUAACACCAAAAUUAUAAAAAAGGUAAUUGAUGGAAAUAAAAUAGAAAAAUAAACAAUAAUAAGAAAGUAUAAAAAAAUACGAACUAAAUACAUGAAAUAAAAAGGUAAAAUGCCAAAAGUAAAACCAGUAAGAAAACAAAUAUAGAGAUUAGAUUAAUAAAAUAAAUAAAAAGGUAAAACAUAAAAUUAGAUCAAUAAAAUGACAAAAUAAAUAAAAGGGUAAAAGAAAAACUCAGUAAAAAAAAAAAAAAACUGUUAUUGGCUGUCUGAAGGUGGUUAGAGGCUAAUAGUACCAAAUGUGGCAAGAACCACAGUACAGGCAAAGUAUCAAAAUUUAGUCCAACCAAAAGAGGUCUCUGUCCAGAUAUGGUCCAGUUCUUCUGUAGAUAGUUUGGACAAUUACAGGAAGUAAAGGCAUUAUAAGGUUAUCAUCAACCAUUACAGGACAAAAAUGAAGUGGUGUUGUGCCGAAAUCAGACCCCCACGGCGAUAAGGUGCAUCUUACUGCAGUGUGGGUUCAAACAGAUUACACUAUGACCGUAUCUACUGUAACUGUAGAUGAACCCAUAUUUAUAAACUGAAAUAAAAGAAAUCCAGGGAAAUCUGUAACGCUCAAUCUGCCGCAAAACUUUUGCAUUUGAAGAAUUUAGAUUCUGGCAAAGAGGCAAAAUUCAUCAUAACACCUGGAAAGGCAAAUCGCCAAACUGAUUGCAAUGUGAAAGCCAAACUAAGUGGACUAAAUGUAAAAUAUACAAUAUAACAAACGCAUUAACCACGGUUCAGACAGUUAGGUGUGAACAUGCCUUAAAUUAUCAAACAUUCUCUACAAAACACAAAAGCAUAUCUUAUAUGUUUUGUUGUGUUGUUAGUAUAUUGCCAAUAGAUGGGAUAUAAACUUUCAUCAUUGUUAGCUACAUUAGCUCCAGUGCAGAACUUAACAAGUGAACUUCAGUCAUCAAACACAUCUUGUAUGAUCGAAUACAUUUGGUUUAGAGGGCAAACUGAGCAGAUUUUGUUUUCCCCUUAAAACUUAGACUUUAAACCACAAGGAAACUGAGAUCUACAAUGGUGGACAUUUUGCUUUUUUAUGCUACAUAUAUUUCUGAUGUACAUCCAUUUUAAUACUCUUACAUUUACACACAUUUAAUACACUUACAUGUAAGGAAACCUUACAGCUAUGUAAUUUAAUACAGUAUGAUGAUUAUUAUUAUUUUUAUGCAUCAGGCUGAAGCUCCAACAGACUGUACACAAACUCUCAUACAAAUGCUUCUCCAUAAACAAAUAGCACAAAAUUAUGUAAAGAAACUUUUAACGUUUACUGGUAGUUAGCAGCUUCAGCAGUUGGUUGGUCUUGAGCAAUGAACAGUGAGCAGAUUCUGUUUCUGAUUGGCUCAGUCAGAUGUAGUCCAGUAGAAGAUGAAAAAUUGAUUUUCAGUGUUUUAGUGCUGGUAUCUGUAUAGUUUAUACAAUGGCAAAUAUAAACUAAUAUCUUUACAAUAACUUUAAUGUAUCAGAGAGCAGGUGCAAGUAUCACUCAUGGAAAUAAUCCUCAUGUUUAAAUACACUACAUGAUAUUUCUGUACAAAAAAAUAAAAAGAUUUUUUGUAAA